CAAGCAGGGAGGGGGCCGAGGGGUGAGCCAGCGGGGGAGGCUGACAUCACCACAGCAGCAGCCCUUUAAACCCCCCACUCAGCCAGCGCCCCAUCCUGUCUGUCCAAGUUCAGACACGGAGAGCUCCUUCCCUCCUGCGAGGCCCGAGGAACCCCUCUCUCUCACAAAAUGGCCAACAAGGGUCCUUCCUAUGGCAUGAGCCGCGAAGUACAAUCCAAAAUUGAGAAGAAGUACGACGAGGAGCUGGAGGAACGGCUGGUGGAGUGGAUUCUAGUGCAGUGUGGCCCAGACGUGGGGCGCCCGGACCGCGGGCGCCUGGGUUUCCAGGUCUGGCUGAAGAAUGGCGUGAUUCUUUGCAAGCUGGUGAAUAGCCUGUAUCCUGACGGCUCCAAGCCAGUGAAGGUGCCCGAGAACCCUCCUUCCAUGGUCUUCAAGCAGAUGGAGCAGGUCGCUCAGUUCCUGAAGGCAGCUGAGGACUACGGGGUCACCAAGACUGACAUGUUCCAGACUGUGGACCUCUUUGAAGGCAAAGACCUGGCAGCAGUGCAGAGGACCCUGAUGGCCCUGGGCAGCUUGGCGGUGACCAAGAAUGAUGGGUACUACCGUGGAGACCCCAACUGGUUUAUGAAGAAAGCCCAGGAGCAUAAGAGGGACUUCACGGAGAGCCAGCUGCAGGAGGGCAAGCACGUCAUUGGCCUACAGAUGGGCAGCAACAGAGGGGCCUCCCAGGCCGGCAUGACAGGCUACGGACGACCUCGGCAGAUCAUCAGUUAGAGGGGGAGGGCCAGCCCCCGGCCCUGCCCUGCCCCAGCUCGUCGGCCGCAGCCAUCCUGCCUCGCCUGCCUCGCCCACACCCGUGUAGUUCCUUCAGCCCCGGCCAAGCUUCGAGGCUCCGUCACUGAGCAAAGGUGACCACACUUGGGCAGCUCUCCCCCACCCCUCAGCCUCAGCCCAACUUCUUACCCCAAAGCACCACUCCCCUAACCCUCCUCCCAGCUCCCCUACCGUCUCCCACCGUCUUUCCCCAUCCUGGGCCGGGCAGGGGGACGUGGGCCGGGGGUAGCCGGGCAGGGGGCAAGUCUGCCAUCCUCCUUGGCAGCAGAUGCCCAUGGAAGGAAA